CACAAAGAGAAUGAAGACAAGUGGAAGAGGCUCUCCCGUCAGAUAGCCGACAUCAUUCUGCCCAUGUUGUCAAAGCAGCAGAUGCACAUAGACUCCCAUGACGCCCUGGGUGUGUUGAACACUCUGUUUGAAACUCUUGCUCCCUCUUCCUUACGUCCUGUAGACAUGCUACUGAGAAGUAUGUUUGUCAUCCCAUACACUAUGGCCUCUGUAAGCACCGUCCAGCUCUGGAUAUCUGGAAUCCUGGCCAUCCUCAGAGUUCUCAUCUCACAGUCUACAGAGGAUAUUGUUCUUUCCCGGAUCCAGGAGCUCUCCUUCUCCCCACUUCUCAUCUCAUGUCAGAAUAUUGCCAAAUUGCGGGAAAGAGACUAUACCCAACAAAGUACUGAGAACUGUGCCGAGCAGAGCCAGGAAAAGGCCCCACCUGAGGAGACAUUCUCUCGGUUCCUGUUACAGCUUGUGGGAAUUCUCCUUGAGGACAUAGUACACAAGGAACUAAAGGUGGACCUGACUGAACAGCAGCAUACGUUUUACUGCCAGCAGCUAGGCACCCUGCUCAUGUGCCUGGUCCAUAUCUUCAAAUCAGGAACAUUCCGAAGAAUAACUAAUGCAGCUACACGACUUUUCAAGGGAGAUGGUGACAGUGGGAACUACUACUACACUUUGGAGAGCCUUAGUGACCUUGUAGAAUCCAUGUUUCCAACGCACCCUUCCCUAGUGCUGCUGUGGUGCCAGUUCCUGCUGCUCAUAGACUACACCAACUACAACUGGUGGUCCGAAGUACAUCAGACGCUCAAGAGGAACAGCCUGUCUAGUACCAAACUGCUGCUAAGCCCCCAGAUGUCAACUGACAGUGAUGAGCCUGAACAGGAGUCCAAACUUGGCAUGUGUAACCGGGAGAUAGUGCGGAGAGGAGCCCCCUCAUCCUGUUCUGUGAUUAUGUGUGUCAGAACUUGCAUGAUUCAGAGCAUCUUACCUGGCUGAUAGUCAAUCACGUUCAAGAUCUCAUCAACCUGUCACAUGAACCUCCAGUGCAGGAUUUCAUUAGUGCAAUACACAGAAACUCAGCUGCCAGUGGUCUCUUCAUCCAGGCCAUACAUUCUCGCUGUGAGAAUCUAGCAACGCCAACAUCUCUGAAGAAGACAUUGCAGUGCUUGGAAGGCAUUCACCUGAGU